CCAAUUUCUCCCUCCUGCAAGCGUGUCCUAUGAAUGUAUGUGUAUGUGUAUAUAUGUAUGUAUAUGUAUGUAUGUAUGUGCGUAUAUUUUUAAAGUCAUCCAAGCUAUUUGCUCUGCUUGCCUCCGGAGAAAUCCGCUCCACCUCCACCUCUUCUUCGUUUCCGCGGCAGUACGAUUCCUCCAAAGGACGCCAUCUGAUCUCUGAAACCUGUAACUCCGGGGAAAUCCAAGCUAUUUCCGACCGCUCACUCCAAACGGGACAAAACCGCGAAGUAUCUCAGAAUUCUGGCACAGAUGCUUGCUUCUUGCUCUCACCCAUCCCUUCUUCAACUCUCUCUUCCUCCAAAACCUCCGCAACUCCAGCUCUACUCACACUCCCCUCCACUUCUCUCCUUCAAAACCGUGUCCUGCAUCAACUCCUCCUUCCAAGCUCCCUCGCAGCGCGCCCCUUCCAGCACCAGCACCAGCAGCUACAACCAUAUGAUCCAAUCCCUAUGCAAGCAGGGAAACCUCAAACAAGCCCUCCAGCUCCUCCCCCUGGAACCCAAACCCACCCAGCGAACCUACGAAGCCCUCAUCCUCGCCUGCACCCACCGAAACGCCCGGCCCUACGGACCGAUCGUCCACCACCACCUCAUCGAGAACGGCUUCGACCAGGAUCCCUUCCUCUCCACAAAACUCAUCGACAUGUACUCGCAGUUCGGCUCCCUGGACAACGCCCGCGACGUGUUCGACAAAACGCAUGUGAAAACCAUCUUCGUAUGGAACGCUCUGCUGAAGGCCCUUGCGCUGGCCGAUGCGGCCGAGGAGGCCCUCUCCCUGUUUCACGAAAUGGGCGGGGCCGGAGUUCCGCCGGACAGCUUUACUUACUCCCACGCGCUCAAGGCUUGCAUCGCUUCCUCGUCCCGUCCGUCGCUGGCUUUCGACAGAGUGAGGCAGAUCCAUGGCCACAUCUACCGACACGGAUUCGGGUCUACCAUCUACGUGGCGACGACUCUCGUCGAUUGCUAUGCGAAGCUGGGGUCCGUUUUGUAUUCACGGCGAGUGUUUGAUGGGAUGCUCGCGAGGAAUGUCGUUUCAUGGAGUGCCAUGAUUGCCUGCUAUGCAAAGAAUGAGCGCCCUUUGGAUGCAUUGGAGCUGUUUCGGGAGAUGAUGCUGAGGGACCCUGAUGCGAUCCCCAAUGCCGUUACCAUGGUCAGUGUUCUUCAAGCUUGUGCUGGUUUGGCUGCACUUGGACAGGGGAGGCUCGUCCACGCUUACGUCCUUCGAAGGGGACUCGAUUCCAUUAUAACGGUGGUCAAUGCUUUGAUCGCGAUGUAUGCAAAAUGCGGAAGCCUGGAGACUGCGCGUCGAGUUUUUGAUGGGAUGAUUGGUCGGAGAGAUGUUGUAUCGUGGAAUUCUAUGAUUUCAGGUUAUGGAAUCUACGGCUUUGGCGGUAGAGCGAUCCGGGUCUUUGAGGCUAUGAUCGGUUCCGGGAUAUCACCAAGUCCUAUUACGUUUGUGAGUGUGCUGGGCGCUUGCAGCCAUGCCGGGCUCGUGAAGGAAGGAAAGAGACUGUUCGAGUCGAUGGCCCUGGUGCAUGGUGUCGCACCUCGAUCGGAGCACUAUGCUUGCAUGGUGGAUCUCCUCGGCCGUGCUGGCCGGUUAGAUGAAGCAGCUAGGAUCAUAGAAGGGAUGCGAAUCGAACCAGGUCCCACUGUUUGGGGUUCUCUUCUUGGAGCUUGUCGGAUCCAUGGUCGCGCAGAGCUUGCGGAGAGGGCAUGCGCUCGCCUGUUUGAACUCGAGCCCAUGAAUGCCGGGAACUACGUACUUCUAGCUGAUAUAUAUGCAGAUGCUGGGAUGUGGGAGGAAGUGAGCAGGGUAAAGAGGCUUCUGGAAUCACGGGGGCUGCAGAAGAUGCCAGGAUGCAGCUGGAUCGAGGUGAAGAAGAAGAUGCACUCAUUUGUGUCUGUAGAUGAAAUGAAUCCGCAGGUCGAACAGCUUCAAGCUUUGCUGGCUCGGCUGGUGAAGGACAUGAAGGAUAAAGGUUACGUCCCCAAUACUAAAGUUGUUCUUUAUGAUCUAGAUCAGGAGGAGAAGGAGCGGAUUCUGCUAGGUCACAGUGAGAAGCUGGCUCUGGCUUUUGGCCUCAUAAAUAGUGGUCAUGGAGAAGUAAUUAGGAUCACGAAGAACCUAAGGUUGUGCGAGGAUUGCCAUUCGGUCACGAAGUUCGUUUCAAAAUUUGCAAAGAGAGAGAUUCUUGUGAGAGAUGUGAAUCGAUUCCACCAUUUUAAAGAUGGUGUCUGUUCUUGUUUGGAUUAUUGGUAAGCUGGAUGGUUCGCAGACCCCUUCUAAUCGAAAACGUCUCGUCUUCGAGAGAUGAUCCAGAGGUGUACAGCACCGGGUUAUGACUUGAAACUAGAUACUAGGAUCUGUAUAGAGAACAUUUGAUUUGAAACCGUAGUUUUUCGGUUUAUCAGCAUUAUCUAGUUGUUACUAUUUAUGCCACAGAAUGCAGUGUAAACAUGCAACCGUCACUUACAUGAAGAUUUUUUCUUGUGCAGCAUAUCUUUAAAUUCUUUCGAAUAAUACAUUACAGAUAUGACCAUUAAAAAGCAAAA